CCCUCCCUCUCCCUCUCCCUCUCCCUCUCCCUCCCCUCUUCUCUUUCCUUUCACCAUCACCAUCACCAUCACCAUCACCACCACCACCAAUACCACUACCACAGUCUCCUUUUUUACGACGACGAUGGUGCAAGUCGACGACGACGAUGGCGACGCGCGGGGGUGGUGCGUGGUGGUCGGCAACUACUGCCACGACGUCCUCUUCCGCGACGGCGCGGCCGUCGGCGAGACCCUGGGCGGCGCCGCCGCCUUCGUGUCCAACGUGCUCGACGCCCUCCUCUCCCCUUCCCCCGCCCGCUACGUCGCCAAGGUCGGCCCAGACUUCGCCCACUCCGUCCCCCGCUCCCGCCUCCUCUCCUCCCCCUCCCCCACCACCCUCUUCCACGCCCACUUCCACUCCCGCCACCACGAUCGCCGCCUCCUCCGCCGAGUCCGUGCCUGCGAUCCGAUCUUCCCUUCCGACCUCCCGGACGCCCGCUUCUCCCUCGGCCUCGCCGUCGGCGUCGCCGGCGAGAUCCUGCCGGAGACUCUCGAGUGCAUCGUCGGCGCCUGCGACGUCACCUUCGUCGACGUCCAGGGCCUCAUCCGCUCCUUCGACCCCGCCGACGGCGCCGUCGGCCUCGUCCCGCUCCGCGCCACCCCCUUCUUCCGCCUCCUCCCCCGGAUCGCCCUCCUCAAAGCGUCCUCCGAGGAAGCCCCCUUCGUCGGCGUCGAGGAGGCGCGGCGGCGCUGCUGCGUCGUCGUCACCGAGGGCGAGAACGGGUGCCGGAUCUACACGAGGGAAGGGGAGCUGCGCGUGCCGCCGUUCCCCGCCGUCCAGGUCGAUCCCACGGGCGCCGGCGACAGCUUCUUGGGAGGGCUCGCCGCCGGGCUGAUGUGGGGCCUGCCCGUGCCCGACGCCGCGCUCCUCGGCAAUUUCUGCGGCGCGCUCACCGUCGGCCAGAUCGGAAUCCCCAAGUUCGACCCGGCACUGCUGCAGAAUGUGAAGCAAUUACUGGAAGGAAGGAAAAGUCAACAGGUCGGCUCAUCUGUGAUUGCUUCUUCGUUGGAUUUUAAGAAGUCAGACAUGCAUGAUGAGCUCCAAUUAUCUCUUGCAGAAGCUGCCAAGAAGGCUUGCGGCGGACACUCGACUGACUUGGACGACAACAAGGAUAACCAUUCUCUGUGAAAGCUUAUUUUUUGAGCUUUUGUCGUCGACUGAACUUACAUUUUCCGAAUUGAAACAAAGCCAGGAUAAUUUUUCAUACUUUUGACUUGAGAUUUCUGUACAAAAUAAUGUCCAACAGAUUAAUCUCACUGAAGCACCACAGGCGCUAGUAUGUUAAGCCAUGAGUUAUCAAAUGCAUUUAAGUACUGGUAUUUGCUGUCAAUGAACUUUAUAGUCUUCAUCAAUAUCCGUAUUGUGUUAUAUCCCCCUCCAACUCUGGCUUGCCUUAUUUAUUCUAUUUGCUUUGAGCCCAAGGGUUGAAAAAUCUAGAUUUAUACUAUCAUUUGAAAUUCUAGUAACUCAUUUAUAUUGUAUUCGAUGAAAAUGGUUUUAGCAUUUGUACAUAUAAUGUUGCCUUUUUUUGGAGCAUGCAAUCAUUAUUUCUUCAUACAGAAGCUUAUGUUACAUCCAAGCUUCCAAAAUAGCUUCUUUUAUGAAAUUCUUAUCUCUGAUAAUACUUUUGGAUAUAUCAAUUUGUCCAACUCUACUAUGAAUUACCAUAGGUGUGGCACUAUGGACUAGCUAUUGAUCCUAUGGUCUAAUUAGAGAUGAAAAUGGAUUAGUUAUGGCUCUGAUAAUGACAUAUUACAACUACAAAGUUUCAUGCAUAUAUGGUCCCCUAAGGGUUGUAUAAGUAUUUGUCUGACACACAUGUAAUGGCAUGUUAGAGUUUUAGUAGUUUCCAUUCAUAAACUUUUAAAUAGACAUGUUUAGGGAAUAUGCAGCAUUGAUAUAUUAUAGAUCAGGACAAACUAUGAGCAAUUAGAGCUUUUCAGUAAUUUUGUUAAAUUGUUAUUCUUUAGGAAGCGCGUAUAUAUACAAUACUUGGAUCUGAAUUUUGCUUAAAUUCCUUUCUCUCUCAUCAAUGUUGGCAUUACCCAAUUAAGGUCCUGGUCCAAAAUCCAGAUAGAUGCAAAUUCUUUCCUGGCUUUCCUUAGGAAUGAAAAUUAUUAUUAUGCAUACAAAUUGUUUUCACUCGUAAUCAAGAUUUCUUUAUAUAACAAUCUCUGAGAGAUUGUUCAGUCCCAAUUGUGUUUUACCUAGGGCAUUUGAUGAGGUUCACUGAUAUAGUAUUUAAAAUCUUACAUCACUUGGAUCCAAAACAUUUCAUGGACAACAAACUGGAAAUGGUCUUAUUGCGAAGAAGAAUAGUGUAUUAGUUAAUCAAGUUGAUAUUCUUACUAUACAGUUCUGUUACUCAAGAUAUACAAAAAACUAGUUGUGCAUAUACAAAGCUAACUUGUGAACUGUAUUUUGCAAUACAUGUGAGACAUCCGUGGCACUACUAUAUUAGUUAUUUGACCAUCCAAUAACCAGUUAUCCGCUUUGCUCUCCAUUCUAAUCUCUUUAUCCUCCCUAUUCGAAAUUUAGUUGGAUUUGUUCAAGAUAAUUUAGGCCGUUCUUAACACCAAGAGCUAACAUUUUCGGCCAAGUUCACCUUAUAUUUUUCUGCUCUUUAGUGUAUUAAAUAGUAAGAAAUUCUCAGGAUCCUGUUAGCUCUAGAAGGUAAUGCAUUAUUUACUCUUUGGAGCACUGUCUUUGUCCAUGUUGUCUGAAAAUUCGCUCUGAUUUUUGUACAAAUUUUCUUCUUACGUGUUAAUAUCUAUAAUGUACUUGGCCAAUAAGAAAAUUUCUAUUAGUUUUUAUUUCUGAACAUGUUUUUGAGGUAUCUAAAGAAGGGAAUUCUAAUUACAUACAGACAAACAGAAACGUUAUUCUUAGUUCAUAUUCUACUAAACCUAUAUGCAGCUUUUGGAUGUUCUUUCAGAACCCUUUGAACUUUCACCGAGGUAUAAGCUCUAGUAGUGGCAAAUGUUUAACAGUGGUAGAUACAAGUGGAAUUCACUACUUUUAAUCUCUCUUAAUUCGUUUGUGGUUUACGUACAAGAAAUUGAUAGGAAGUAACAAGUUCUAGGUCCCUAAGGUUAUUUGAAUUCAUUUUUACCGAUUGUCAGACUAAAAGAGCGAAUAACUUAUAGGUUAGUUGUCAUUACUAUCGUACUUGUAAUAAUGAAAAACUAUAAGGUCUAGAACGCUUCAAGAUAAAAAAACAGCACUUAUUGUGUUUGGUAGAGUGUUUAGAAUGUCAAUUUAAGUUUUGUUGUUGGGUGCACGUACUUUCAAACCCUCAUCUGCAUAGUGUAUUUUAGUCUCACACAGUUUAUCUCUUUGAAAAAGAGAGCCAUAUAUACAAAAGUAUAUAAAUGUGUGAAUCUCUUUGAAAUGAAAUGGACGAAUUUCAGUCCCACCAGCAUGUGACAUGCAUAAACAAAUUAUGCUCGAGCGCACAUUUAAGUCGUGCUUAUGAAUGUGGGAUAAAGUUCUUCUACUAUCCAAAAAUAUAUUGUUUGCAGAGACACAACACUCUGGAUUUUCUUCAUUCUGCAGGAACAGCAGCCAACAAAAAGGUGCAACAUUAACAUUGGUUUUUCUGGUUUGACUUAAUCAGAAGGGAUUGUUUUAGGUAUCAGGUGUAGCUAAUUUUUUUUUUUUUAUCAUGUACAUAUUGAUAUGCUGCUGUCCUUCGUAAUUUUUUUUUUGAUCAUGUACAUAUUGAUAUGCUGCUGUCCUUUGUAUCGUCAGCAAAAAUACGUUCUAUACAUCAGGGAAGAAGAGGAAGCAAUCAAGAAAAGGAGACAUAGCAGGUGAAGUGAGUCAAGUUCCUAAGUUUUGUAUCAAUGGGACAGUCUCAUUACUGUUUUAUGUAGUGAUAGAUAAUUAGUGAUGGUUAUCAAUUCCUUUUCACUAUCUCAUCAAAUAUUUGUCGCUUCUAUAAUAAACUCAGAUUCUUUUGUACUAUCUGCCAUUGGACACUACUAGAUGCUUCUAACAAGCUGAAACUUCCUGUUUAUCAGAGUAGUGUUAUCUUUAUCUUCUCCUUCUUGCGGCUUUUCUUUUCUUUUUCUUUUCCUUGUUUAUUUUUCUAGCAGAAUACAAGGAUGCGGUGUAAUGAAGGAGAAACAUUAGAGGAAGCUCCGGAUUCAUGUACCUGAAAAUUGGCAUCCGAAACGAAAGUUUGGCGUCAAUGAAGUGCCAAAUAAGCAAGAGUGCCUAAUAAGCAGAGAAAGCGAGCUAUAGCUGCGGCUUUUUGAAGAAGGGCUCUCGAAAAUCUAAAAGGAUUCGAAAAUCGAGAAGCAGGCUUGCUGCCAGUGAUGAGACAAAGCUAAGACAGUUCAUUGGUUUAGGGUUAAUUCCAUGUUUCAUAGAGCAUAAUACUUAUGCUAUAACCCUUGUGUAAAAUGUUGUGGUGAAUGAUGUCCUCAUGGUUUCGUUUGUCAAAUGAAUAGAAGUUUGGCC